CCAAUCAUCAGUUCACAAUUCGAACCCUAAACCGUUUCUACAAUGAGAGCUUUGCUAGUGAUUUGUGCCUUGGUUGUGGCCUGCCUUGCACCUGACAUCCUGGCUAGCCGCAUCUUGGACCGCUGCUCUCUCGCCAGGGAGAUGACCCAACAUGGCGUACCACGGGAUCAGCUGGCCCACUGGGCCUGUAUUGCCGAGAAGCAAAGCAACUACCACACGGAUGCGGUGAGCCCGGCGAACAAGGAGGGCUUCCGCAGUUAUGGGAUCUUCCAGAUCAGCAAUCAGUAUUGGUGCUAUUCUGCAAACGAAACUCCCAGGGAGGUCGAGUGCCGCACAGUCUGUGAGGUGUUCUUGGAGGACGACAUUGGCAUGUCCGUGAUGUGCGCCAGAAAGAUUCAGGAGAAGCAGGGCUGGUCCGCUUGGCCAGGCUGCACCGGCUCGCUGCCAUCGAUCGACGAUUGCUUUUAGUGUUCCAAAUAUGUAUGCAAACCUUAUGUAAAUCCUCGAGGAGUGCACAACCCAUAAAUAUUUCUUUUAAUGACGCGUU